GAGCUGGGGCAGAGGCAAAGGCUGGACGAGAACAGAGGGAUCAGCACCUAAGCCAGGCCGAGGGAGCCAGGGCCUCCGGUGCUGCCGGACCCGACGCAGGGGCCAUGCUAUCCGGCGACCGGAAGGAGGGCGGCAGCCCCCGCUUUGGGAAGCUCCAUCUCCCCGUGGGCCUGUGGAUCAAUUCCCCCAGGAAGCAGCUGGCCAAGCUGGGGCGGCGCUGGCCGAGCGCUGCUUCUGUCAAGUCUUCGUCUUCGGACACGGGGAGUGAGAGAAAGCGGCCAGAUCUGGCGGCGGGCGUGGCCCCGGAGCCCCCACUCGCCGCCCGCGCCACGGCGCCCCCCGGGGUCCUGAAGAUCUUCGGCGCGGGGCUGGCGUCGGGCGCCAACUACAAGAGCGUGCUGGCCACGGCGCGCUCCACGGCGCGCGAGCUCGUGGCCGAGGCCCUGGGGCGCCACGGGCCGUCUCAUCCUCAUAGUUCUCCAUUUCUCUCCACAGGCACUGGCGCCCCCUCGUGGCGGGCACAGACCCCCUCGUGGGGGCGACAGAAGAACCGCGCUCGAGCAGCGUCAGGUGGCGCCGCGCUGGCCAGUCCUGGCCCAGGGUCCGGGUCAGGGACCCCGGCUGGGCCUGGGGGCAAGGAGCGUUCGGAAAACUUGUCCCUGCGGCGCAGCGUGUCAGAACUUAGCCUGCAGGGUCGGCGGCGGCGGCAGCAGGAACGCAGACAACAGGCACUUAGCAUGGCCCCAGGGGCAGCCGACGCGCAAAUUGGACCUGCAGACCCUGGGGACUUCGAUCAGUUGACGCAGUGCCUCAUCCAGGCUCCUAGCAACCGCCCCUACUUUCUGCUGCUCCAGGGCUACCAGGACUCCCAGGACUUUGUGGUGUACGUGAUGACACGGGAGCAGCACGUGUUCGGCCGGGGCGGGAACUCAUCUGCCCGUGGCGGGUCCCCUGCCCCGUAUGUGGACACCUUCCUCAACGCCCCAGAUAUCCUGCCGCGUCACUGCACAGUGCGUGCAGGCCCUGAGACCCCAGCCAUGGUGCGCCCAUCCCGGGGCGCCCCAGUCACGCACAACGGGUGCCUCCUGUUGCGGGAGGCCGAGCUGUACCCCGGCGACCUGCUGGGGCUGGGUGACCACUUCCUGUUCAUGUACAAAGAUCCCCGCACUGGGGGCUCAGGGCCCGCGCGGCCGCCUUGGCUGCCUGCGCGCCAGGAGGAGGCACUGCUGGGUGAGAUUGUGCGUGCCGCGGCCGCCGGCGCUGGGGACCUGCCACCGCUUGGACCUGCCACGUUGCUUGCGCUGUGCGUGCAGCAUUCGGCCCGCGAGCUGGAGCUGGGCCACCUGCCGCGCCUACUGGGCCGCCUGGCCCGGCUCAUCAAGGAGGCCGUCUGGGAAAAGAUUAAAGAAAUUGGAGACCGUCAGCCAGAGAACCACCCUGAAGGGGUCCCCGAGGUGCCCCUGACUCCUGAGGUUGUGUCUGUGGAGCUGCGGCCACUCAUGCUGUGGAUGGCCAACACCACAGAGCUGCUGAGCUUUGUACAGGAGAAGGUGCUGGAAAUGGAGAAGGAGGCCGACCAGGAGGACCCACAGCUCUGCAAUGACUUGGAAUUAUGUGAUGAGGCCAUGGCCCUCCUGGAUGAGGUCAUCAUGUGUACCUUCCAGCAGUCUGUCUACUACCUCACCAAGACUCUGUAUUCAACGCUGCCUGCUCUCCUGGACAGUAAUCCUUUCUCAGCUGGGGCAGAGCUGCCAGGGCCUGGCGCAGAACUAGGGGCCAUGCCUCCUGGGUUGAGACCUACUCUAGGUGUGUUCCAGGCAGCUUUGGAACUGACCAGCCAGUGUGAGCUGCACCCAGACCUCGUGUCUCAGACUUUUGGCUAUUUGUUCUUCUUCUCCAAUGCAUCCCUCCUCAACUCGCUGAUGGAACGAGGUCAAGGCCGACCUUUCUAUCAGUGGUCCCGGGCUGUCCAAAUCCGAACCAACUUGGACCUUGUCUUGGACUGGUUGCAGGGGGCUGGGUUGGGCGACAUUGCCACUGAGUUCUUCCGGAAACUCUCCAUGGCUGUGAACCUACUCUGCGUGCCCCGCACAUCCCUGCUCAAGGCUUCCUGGAGCAGCCUCCGCACAGACCACCCCACCCUGACCCCCGCUCAGCUCCACCAUCUGCUCAGCCAUUACCAGCUGAGUCCUGGCUGCGGGCCACCCCCUGCCUGGGACCCUCCCCCUGCAGAGCGAGAUGCUGUUGACACAGGGGACAUCUUCGAAAGCUUCUCCUCCCACCCGCCCCUCAUCCUGCCCCUGGGCAGCUCGCGCCUGCGCCUCACCGGUUCAGUGACGGACGACGCCCUGCACCGUGAACUGCGCAGGCUCCGCCGCCUCCUCUGGGAUCUUGAGCAACAGGAACUUCCAGCCAAUCACCGCCACGGACCUCCAGCCACGCCUCCCUGAGGACCAAUAGCAAGCGAACGCGCGAACCUUGAAAAUUCUUCGGCGCCUACUCCUGGAGCCCGCCUGGGCGCAGAGCUUUCUGGGAGUUGUAGUUCCUGCCUCGCGUGGACUACCGGGAGUUUGAGUUUUCGAGUAGCAGAGGAUGGGUUAGUGGGAAGAUGGGUUUGGGAUGUUGAGUGCCAAAGAGCAAUAAAGUUAUGUGGUAUUGGCAA